AUGCAGACAGCAGAAGCCAGAAAACACGAGCCAGACAGCAGGAGCCAGAAAACAGGAGCCAAACAUCAGGAACCAGAGAACAGGAGCCAGAAACCAGGAGCCAGACAGCGGGAGCUAGACAGGACCUGGACAGCAGGAUCAAGAAAACGGGAGACAGACAGAGCCAGACAGGAGGAGCAAGACAGUAGGAACCAGACAGCAGGAGCCAGAGAGGAGCAGCUAGACAGAAGAGCCACACAGCAGGAGCCAGAAAGCAGGAUCCAGACAGCAGGAGCCGAGAAAGUAGGAGCCAACAGGAGCAAGAAAGCAGGGUCAGAUAGCAGGAGCCAGACAGCAGGAGCCAGAAAGUACGAGCCAAACAGGAGCCAGAUAGCAGAGACAGACUGCAGGUGCCAGACAGCAGGAGCCAAAAAGCAGGAACUACAAAACAGGAGCCAGCCAGCAGGAGCCAGAAAACAGGAGCCAGACAGAGCCAGACAGCAGGAGCAAGACAGUAGGAACCAGACAGCAGGAGCCAGAGAGGAGCAGCUAGACAGAAUAGCCACACAGCAGGAGCCAGAAAGCAGGAUCCAGACAGCAGGAGCCGAGAAAGUAGGAGCCAGAGCCAGCCAGCAGGAGCCAGAAAACAGGAGCCAGACAACAGGAACCAGACAACAGGAGCCAGAAACCAGGAGCCAGACAGCGGGAGCUAGACAGGACCCAGACAGGAGGAUCAAGAAAACAGGAGCCAGGCAGCAGGAUCCAGAAAACCGAGCCAGACAACAGGAACCAGACAACAGGAGCCAGAAACCAGGAGCCAGACAGCAGGAGCUAGACAGGACCCAGACAGGAGGAUCAAGAAAACAGGAGCCACACAGCAGGAUCGAGAAAGGAGGAGCUAAACAGGAGCCAGACUGCAGGAGCCAGACAUCAGGAGCCAGACGGAGCCAGAAAAUACGAGCCAAACAGGAGCCAGAUAGUAGAGCCAGACUGCAGGUGCCAGACAGCAGGAGCCAAAAAGCAGGAACUACAAAACAGGAGCCAGAUAGCAGGAGCCAGAAAACAGGAGCCAAACAACAGGAGCCAGAAACCAGGAGCCAGACAGCGGGAGCUAGACAGGACCCAGACAGUAGGAUCAAGAAAAAAGGAGCCAGACAGAGCCAGAGAGGAGCAGCUAUACAGAAGAGCCACACAGCAGGAGCCAGAGAGGAGCAGCUAUACAGAAGAGCCACACAGCAGGAGCCAGACAGCAGGAGCCACACAGCAGCAGCCACACAGCAGGAGCCAGAAAGUAGGAGCCACAAAGUAGGUACCAGAAAGCUGAGCCAGACAGAAGGAGCAAGAAAGCAGGGUCAGAUAGCAGUAGCCAGAGAGCAGGAGCCAGAAAGGAGGAGCCAAACAGGAGCCAGACUGCAGGAGCCGGACAUCAGGAGACAGACGGUAGGAUGCAGACAGCAGAAGCCAGAAAACACGAGCCAGACAGCAGGAGCCAGAAAACAGGAGCCAAACAUCAGGAACCAGACAACAGGAGCCAGAAACCAGGAGGCAGACAGCGGAAGCUAG